AUGUCAUUAUCACCCGAAGCAUACACAUCCUUAUUGGAUGAAGCCGCCACCAAAGUCCAGUCUAUCUUGGAAGCCACCCCAUCCUUGGCCAAGCCAAGAGUCAUGAUCAUCUGUGGAUCUGGGUUGGGAGGCAUCGCCAACAUCUUACACUCCGAGCCAAAGGUUGAGGUCCAGUACAAAGACAUUCCUGGCUUCAAGGUCUCUACCGUUCCAGGCCAUGCCGGAAAAUUGAUUUUCGGUCUUAUUGGUGCCAACAAAGUUCCUGUCAUGUGCAUGGUGGGUAGAUUGCAUUUCUACGAAGGCUACACUUUCCAAGAAACUACUUUCCCAGUCAGAUUGGCUAAGAAAUUACAAGCCGAAACUGUGGUUGUCACUAACGCUGCUGGUGGUGUCCGCGAGGGUCUUGUUCCAGGUGAUUUGAUGCUUAUUGACGAUCACAUCAACUUCCCAGGCUUGGCUGGAUACCACCCAUUGAGGGGCCCAAAUUUGGAAGAGUUUGGCCCUCGUUUCCAACCACUCUCCGAUGCCUAUGACUUGGAUUUGAGAAGAUUAUUCUUGACCAAGGCCAGAAAGGAUCUUGGAAUCACUAGAAAAAUCUACGAAGGUACUUACACCUUCGUUGCAGGUCCCACUUUCGAAAGUAGAGCCGAAGUUAGAAUGAUCAGAAACUUUGGUGGAGAUGCUGUUGGUAUGUCUACAGUUCCAGAAGUCAUUGUUGCCCGUCAUUCAGGUUUGAGGGUUUUGGCAUUGUCAUUAAUUACGAAUGCUGGUGUCGCCGAUAAGCCACCUAGUGCGUUUGAAGAAAACCCAAAGCCAUUGGACGAAGGUAUGGCUAGCCACGACGAAGUCUUGGAGGCUGCCAACGAAGCAUCCAAGGAUGUCCAGAAAAUCAUCGAAGCCACUAUUAACGAGUUGUAA